AUGUCGACUGGUGCAACGCUCAACGUUGAAAAUGGAAAAACGCUUACCGAUUUAUUUCAUAAAAUUAUUCGAAUGACUGUUAAAACAGAAGAUCGAACUGGACGAUUUAAAAAAAAAACGUCUACUACAGACAAUCAUCAGCCAGUACUAGCUCCGCCAAGCUCUAGACGAAGUCAACGUUUAGUUAAUCAACCACCACCUCGAGUAGUACCACGUCAAACUAAACGUAUAUCUACUGGAGUUAAUCGCCCUGAAACACCAGUUACAACUGAUAAUAUAAGUUAUACACAUACUGAUAAUGAAGAACCAGAUAAUUAUUUUACAGAUCAUUCGAACAAUGUAACAAAAUCUGGUGAUGAAUCAAUACAUCAUAGUAGAAGUGGAUUAGAUCCUUAUGAUAUGGAUGCAUCAUUUGGUGAAAUGGGAUUAAGUAUAACAUCAAAACCAUUAUCAAAAGUUCAAAAAUUAUCUGUGCAAACAGUACUUAAUGAAUCAUUUCCACGGGUAAUUGGUGAUAGACAACCAUCAUCAACCUAUCAAACAGGUAGUAGUAUACGAAAUGGAAAAUCAUCAAAUCAUCUAUUAAAUCAAUCAUCAAAGCAUGAUUCAUCAUUACCAACUUUUAAUAAUUCACUUACAUCAACAACAUCAGGACGAUUAAAUCAAACUAUAAUUAAUCAUCAUCAUUAUCGUGGUGCUGCAGCAGCAACUGCACGAAGUUUACGUAAAGAAAAACCUCGAGAUGGAAGUGUUAAAUCAACUUCGAAAGAACGCGAUUCCACACAUAAUACUAGUAAUACUACUCAUCAUCAACAACAUUUAUUUCAACAACAUCAACCUUAUAGUACAAGUAAUUCAUCAUUUAUUGCUAAUUCUUCUAAUCAACAUUCUUCUCGACCAAAAACUUAUUUUACUGGUGUAUCAUAUGAAACUAUAAAUAAAUCUUCAACAUAUCCAAUGAAACCUUCAGACGCUAUAAUGUAUCAUGGUAAUGAAUUAACUGCAUUUGAAAAAACUGAAAUCUAUGAAUAUAAUGAAAUUUAUUUUCUUGGAUUAGAAGCUGAAAAAUUAAUUGUAACAGAUAUUAAAGAUUUCGAUGAUGAAAAUGGUUCUUAUAUUAAAGUUAAUAGAGAUCAUAUUUAUUAUCGAUAUGAAGUAUUAGAAACAUUAGGUAAAGGUUCAUUUGGUCUUGUUCUUCGAUGUUUUGAUCAUAAGAAGAAAGAAGCUGUUGCAUUAAAAAUUAUUCGAAAUAAAAAACGUUUUCAACAACAAGGUCUUGUUGAAGUUAAUAUAUUAACACAUUUAAAAAACUUAGAUUCGGAUAAUUCAUUAAAUAUUGUUCAUAUUAAAGAUCAUUUUUAUUUUCGCUCGCAUCUUUGUAUUACAUUUGAAUUACUCGGGAUUAAUUUAUAUGAAUUAAUACGAAAAAAUAAUCAUCAAGGUUUUAGUAUACAUUUAGUCAGACGUUUUGCUACAUCAUUAUUACAAUGUCUUCGUGUUACAUCUAGAGAAAAAAUUAUUCAUUGUGAUCUUAAACCGGAAAAUAUUAUAUUAAGACAGAAAGGAAGUAGUAGUAUCAAAGUAAUUGAUUUUGGUUCUGGUUGUUUUCAACCACAACGAAUUUAUACAUAUAUUCAAUCUCGAUUUUAUCGAGCACCAGAAAUUAUCUUAGGUAUUCCUUAUACACCAGCAAUUGAUAUGUGGAGUUUUGGUUGUAUUCUUGUUGAACUUUUUACUGGUUAUCCAGUGUUUCCCGGUGAAAAUGAACAAGAACAACUUUCAAUGAUUAUAGAAGUUAUUGAUUUACCACCAGCUCAUGUACUUGACCAAGGAAGUCGUAGAAAAUUAUUCUUUGAUUCCAAAGGAAUUCCUCGUACAGCUUCAGCAAAAACAUUAAAAAAACGUCGUCCAGCUAGUCGUCCAUUAGGACAAAUUCUUCGAACAACUGAUAGUAAUUUUAUUGAUUUUAUUCGUCAAUGUUUUGAAUGGGAUCCUUUACGACGUAUAACAGCCGAAGAAGGUUUACGUCAUCCAUGGAUUAUUGAAUCAAAAUUAAAACGUUCAUCACGUGUACAACAUAAACCUAAAAAAGAUCAUAAUAAUACAAUAGAUUCAUAUUUUAGUUUAAGUGAAACAACUGGUCAUGAAGAUACAAUUCAUGUUGAUGAAGAAAGAAAAAUACCCAUUGGUGGACCUGUACUUUUUCCUCGAAUUUCUAAUCAAUAA